CCUGAAUGGUAAAAUCCUCACUAACAAAGAAAGCAACAGAAUGAAGACGAUUUGAGGAAAGACCACGACUUGCGCGGAAGUGUCUGCGAUUUCCACCGCACGUGACCUCGUCCAUUGUUGCAAUUUUUGGAACGUUCAUCAAUGCACAGGGACCGCCACGUUCCACAACAGAACGCGGCGGAGGUGAAGAUUCGGAGCCGCGGACGGCUCCGUUCCGCUGUAUUCCCCCGCCCGCCGGCCCACCGUCUCCGGCGAGUGCCCGACAUCCCGCGGGUCCUGACCGGUAAACAAGCGGCACGUGGUGAGGAAGUGCUGUCAAUGGCGGAGCGCAGUGAUGAUGCGGCAGGAGUCUAGCGAUGACGCGGAAGACGUGUCGCUCUUUGAUGCUGAAGACGAGGGACAGCGAAGACCGAAGAAAAAGAAGAUCCGACAUCCAGUGGCAUGUUUCUUCCACCUAUUUUUCCGAAUUAGUGCAAUAGUUGUCUACCUUCUUUGUGAAUUCCUCAGCGAUAGUUUUAUCGCCUGCUUUGUGACAAUAAUAUUGCUCCUAUCUUGUGACUUCUGGACUGUAAAAAAUAUCACUGGGAGACUACUAGUGGGGCUACGUUGGUGGAAUCAGGUUGAUGAUGACGGAAAGAGUCGCUGGGUCUUUGAGGCCAGGAAGCCUUCAGGAAAAGGGAAGAGAGUCUCUUCUGAAGCCGAAUCCAAAAUCUUUUGGCUAGGAUUAAUCAUCUGUCCUAUCAUGUGGGUCAUUUUUGUCUUCAGUACUUUUUUUUCUUUUAAACUGAAAUGGCUGGCUGUGGUUAUCAUGGGUGUUACACUACAAGGGUCUAAUCUGUAUGGUUAUAUAAAAUGCAAAAUAGGAAGUGGAAAAAAUCUAACCAGCAUGGCUACCUCCUACCUAGGCCGCCAGUUUUUCAAAACGGCAAUGAAAAAAGAAGAGAAUGCAGAAUCAUAAAAGAGGAAAGUCAUUUUGGAAAAUAUUUUCUGUACUGUGAACAGCUAUUGAUUCUCACCAAUGGCAAUUUUCAGAUGUUUUUCUUUCCUUAACAUUCAAGGGCCCAGCUGGAAACAAUUAUAAUUGUCUCAUAAUUUGCAACUUUCUUAUUACUGAUUAAGUAUCGGAAGCUGUCCGACUCAACGCAAAACUAGUUGUGUGUGAUUGAGCUUGAAGUGAAUCUUUGAAGAAAAAAUUAAUUUUAGAAUCAUUCCAAAUUGAUAAACUGAUGUAAUUGUUCUUGGGGUGAGGGCAUCCUUAUCACACUUUAGAAAAUUGUGGGGGUGGGGGGUGGGGGAAUGUGGUUAAUGGCAAGUGGGAUCUAGCUAAUGUUUAAAACUUUUAUAAUAAACAUAAACUGAUGCUGGUGGAGGGACACUAUGUUAGAAAUGCUGUGUGCUUUCUAAUGCCAGUGAAAGACAUAUGAAGCAUUUUUGAAGGAACGAAGAAGAUUUCAACUGCAUAAAAUAGCAUGCAUUAUAGCACUAUGAUGUUCAAUUUAUGAAGUAGAGCAAUAAAUUAAUGUUUCAAUACCAUAUAUCUCAGAUUGUAAACUAAGUAAAGAGGGCAAAAUUUUACUUUUAUAUAGACUUGGUGUUUUUGGAAAUAUUAAAACAGAAUUUGGAAAGUGAAGUUAUGAAGAUUUAGUUGGUGAAUGAAGCCUCGAAGGACAUCAAGCCCUAGCCAUAAUACAGUCUGCAAGCUACAACCAAAUACUCAGUCAAAAUAAAUUGCCAUGAAGCAUUGAAAUAAUUCUGAUGAACAAGUCUUUGGAUUUUGGAUUUUCUUUUAAAGGUGUGAAAUUAUUAAACUUUGAAAUGAAGGAGUCAACCUAAAUAUUUUAAUCAAAUUUGCAGCUGAUUGCAAAGGUAGGUUUAUAUUUUGCCUUAGUAUUUUGGUAAUAGUUUGCAUGCAAGCAGAUGAUGUUUCUUGAAGUUUCUCCACAAGGAACCACUGGUGUUUUCAUAGGAAGCUUCUGCCAUGUAUGACAGCUGUGUCUUACAGUCUAGUACAGAAAUCAAGUCCUAUUUUUAAAAUCAUUUUCAACUUCUUGCCAUAAUAUGAAGACAGAAUAAAAGACAUAAUUUCAAACAGAGGGUUUUAUUGUGAUGAACUCCAUAACUCUUUUACUAUCUGGUUAUAUGUGUAGUUUCCAAUUGAACAGAAACAUUAUUCUGAUAUGUAGAAGAUCAAUAUUUCAUAGAAGACAAUGAGCUCAUGUUUAGCAGUAGUAACUGAAACUACUACAUUUGAUGGAGUUCUGAUCAUGUUUACACUAUUGUAGAUAAUAGUCUAUGUUAUAGGUAGGGCUUGAAAUUUUUUGGAGGAUUCAAUUUGGAGAUUAUUUUUGUUGUCACUGUUUUGCAAAAGUUUCAGUAGAUCCAAUUUUUGGUUUCCAUUAUAAAUUGCAACUAAAUUGGUGAUAACAAUAAAUAAUAUCUUCACCAUCAAA